AUGAUAAGAAAUUUAAAUGAAUAAAGUAUAUUUUUGAAUACGAUAGUUUUAUAUUAAAAUUACUUAGAAUGUGUCAAAAGGUUAGUUUUAUGAUCUUAACUAAGUAGGCCAGGGUGAAAAGUUAAACUAAAAAAAGUAAAAGAAGCAAAUUUAAAAAAGGAGGGGUAAAUUUUGUGCUAGUAAACUGAGGUAAAAACUCUCCUAUUAAUACCCCUCUGUCCCAAUGAAUUAAACACAUCAACUUGGUUUCCUUAGUUUCAAGAUCUACGAAGCAAUCAGAGAAUUUCGCCAAAGAAAGACUAUGGAUAAGUUAGCUCAUUUUGUUGCUUUCUUGCUUCUUGCAUCACUAUUUCAACCUCUCACUGCUCGAGAAUUGGAAAUUGAUGUCUUCCAACUUGACGUUUCUCAGUCUAGUUGUCCAGGAGUGAAAAAGGACAAGUGGCCAGAACUUCUUGGGGUACCAGCUGGGUUAGCAAGACGAACAAUUCAGAAGGAAAAUCCAAAGCUAACAAAUGUUCCAAGUGUACUGAAUGGUUCUCCAGUUACAAAAGAUUUUAGAUGUGAUCGAGUUCGUCUCUUUGUUAAUGUCUUAGAUGUUGUUGUACAAACUCCCCAAGUUGGUUGAGGAAACUAGAAAAUCUAUUCGCAUCGAGUGUGUACGUAUAUCUACUAGGUAGCCCCAAGAAAAUAAAUUGGAGCAGUAUGGAUAGUGUCUCCAUGUAUUCCAAUGCUAUUUGGAGUGAUAAAUAAGUGUGGCUUUUGAUGUUUAUCA